AUGUCCGCACCUCAGUUACCUCCUCGACCGCCACAACCGCCAAGUGCGAGCACAAAUAACCAGAAUUCUCCUCCUCCAGUCCCUCCACCUCCUCCGAUCGGCUUUCGCCCAGAUCUCAACGCGCCGUACAAUCCAUCGCCAUAUGUCGCGAAUCCGUUGGUUGCGCCGCGACCUCAGAAGCUGAUGAGCAGUGUUCCAGCAGAGAUGGCGCGCAAUUUGGAGGCUCAGAUGCCUGCAACGCCCGCACCUCCACCAGUGGCGUACGGACAGCAAGUUCCUUCGAUCGCGUUUACUACACCGACUGCACCGGCUGCGUAUGCAUCAUCUCCGUACUCUAAUCAGAACCCUCCAUAUCAGGGACAACCCUAUAAUCCUAGUUAUACGCCAAACUCUCAAUUCAGAGGUAAUACGCCACUCCCAUAUCCUGGGACGCCUCUGCCAUACCAGAUGCAGCAGCAGCAACCGCUCGCCUACACUGGUCUCCCUCCUGCUGGGUUUGCCGCUCCGCCUCGCAUGGGUGCUUCUCCUGCACCUCCUAUGGGACCAAAUCUUACUCCAGGCUUUACUCCACGGCCACAAAGCUGGGGCGGUACUGCAUCCCCUGCGCCGUCACAGAGUCCAGUCCUCCAGCGACCCGGGUCAAGUGGAAUAGGGUCCACACCCGCGCCUGGACACGGGAAUAUGCAGAGCCUACAGCAAGGCCUUCAAGCUCUUUCUCUCGCCGGCAUCCAGACGCCUGCUCCCAAUCCAAACUGGGUGCAUGGUUCGACACCGCCAUCGACGCGUCCACCAUCUUCCAUGUCUCCGGCACCUGGUCAACCUCCUCCAGCUAAUCGGUACAAUAUUGAUAACAGCAUCGCCGGCCUGACGUUUGGUGGGACUGUACCUCCACCUCAGCAACCACAGAAGCAGGACCCGCCGCAGUUGACAGUUCAGCUCCCUACAGUUCCAUCACUUACAUCGGCAUUAAAUGGUGUGAUGACGACGAGAGACCAAGCGAGCAAAGUGGCGUGGUGCAAGGACGUCCUCAGUGCAUUGGAUCGCGCAAUCCAAGCCAACGGAGCGAAUCCCGGCGAAGAAACUGCCCGCAAAGCACUGCUUGGAACCAAUGGAACCAUGUCCGAAUCAGAUGCUGCUCUCCUGAAAUUGGCCGAGACCGCCGUGGCCACAAUCAUGACACUACUCGCUCCUCCGUUACCGACUGGGCCGAAUAAUUCGAUGCCGGCUCAUAUUGCAGAAGCCCUUUUCCUAAGAGGUCAAGUAAUUGCUGCGGGGUCAUUCCCAGACAAAUUACCCAAGUCACCGCGCGAUGCGUUCCGAGACUUUGAAGCAGCUGCUCGGGGGGGCUACGCCCCCGCUUGGUUCAAGCUGGGACGAGACUACGAGACAGUUGGUGAUCUGGUUCGCGCAAAGGACUGUUUCGAAAGGGGAAUGCAACGAGGCGUCGGCAGUUGCUUCUAUCGACUCGGAAUGGCCUAUUUGCAAGGCCAGCUCAACCUACCACAGAAUCCUGGGUUGGCCAUGCCUCUGCUUCAGCGAGCGGCGUUCCUGUCCAGCAUAGAGGUCCCUCAACCAGCAUAUGUUUACGCCCUACUACUUCUUCAAGAGUUCCCUCACAUCACCCUCCCUCAGGACCUGCUACAAUCGCUUGUUCCCGCGAGUCAUCCUGGCCAGACCAAUCCUAACACACCACCUCCGUCACUCAUGUCCGAGUCCCGUAAGUAUCUCGAGCGCAGUGCAUAUCUCUGCUUUGGACCUGCACUGUACAAACUCGGUCAAUCCUAUGAGCACGCCCUUCCACCUUUCCCCUACGACCCACUCAUGUCUGUCCAAUACUACUCGCUCGCGUCGCAGCAAGGAGAUCCACUGGCAGAUUUGGCGCUAUCAAAGUGGUUCCUCGUCGGAUCUAACCCAGACGCAGAUCCGAAGGCACCUCCAGGACACCAAAUGGAGGGGUUCGACAAGGACGAGACUCUGGCGCUCAUUUUUGCCGAAAAGGCAGCAUCGAAAGGCGAGGCAGGUGGAGAGUUUGCAAUGGGAUACUAUUGCGAAGUCGGAAUAGGGCGAAGCGUGGAUUUGCGCGAAGCAAAAGGAUGGUACGAACGCGCGGCAAAGCAAGGCCAUGAGGAUGCCAAGGCGCGAUUACGGGAGCUGGCGAAAGAGAAUCCCAAGACCCUGGGUGUACAGGAGCAUCAAGGGCGUCUGGAGCGAAUGCGGACGAAUGCAAAGGAGAAGAUGAGGGCGAAUACCGCAAACUCUCUCGCUUCCAAUCCGGCUGGUGGACUGGCGCCUCCUCCAACGGAUGGUGGAAUGCUCAGUCCCGUGAGCAGCGCGAAUGUCGUGGCGAUGGCUCGGAAGAGCUCGACAAUCCAUCAUGCUGGCUCGGGUAGGCGACGUCCUGGAGGUAUGCAAGACUUUGGGAAGAGUGAACCGCCACCGCCUGUUCCUGUUCCAGCGCCAAAGCCCAGCGACGCUGCGAAACCGAACACGCUUGCGCCUCCAUCGACGAGCACCACACCAGCAUCGAAGCCAGCAACGUCUUCCGCGGCUUCGCCCGGCGGAAAGCAGAAGCCAGCAACGUUUGAGGAGAUGGGGUACUAUAGUCAGAAGCUAGAAGAUAAAGACUGUGUCGUUAUGUGA